CACAGAGAAGUAUCGGGCAUGCGCAAAGGAGUCCUCCGCGCUCGACCGCGCUCAUAAGAGAAACAGCGUGUGUGGUUCUUGACGUGCCGCGAACCUUCGAACACAAGUGCCAUAGUACCCUGUGAAGAAGCGUUCCAGCGACUCUCCUGUUCCCGCCAUCGCAGUCACCAGCGCGGCGUGCUGUUUCGCCCUAGACUCGAUGUCCUUCACUGGCCCGUUCCAUGGCCCUCGUUUCUGCUGAUUCCCGAAUUGCAGAGCUUCUCACAGAGCUCCAUCAGCUGAUCAAGCAAACCCAGGAAGAGCGUUCGAGGAGUGAGCACAACUUGGUGAACAUCCAGAAAACCCACGAGCGGAUGCAGACUGAGAACAAGAUUUCUCCUUAUUACCGGACAAAGCUGCGUGGCCUCUACACAACCGCCAAGGCCGAUGCAGAGGCUGAGUGCAACAUCCUCCGCAAAGCGCUGGAUAAGAUAGCUGAGAUCAAAUCUCUGUUGGAAGAGAGGCGGAUUGCGGCCAAGAUCGCAGGUCUCUACAAUGACUCGGAGCCCCCACGGAAGACCAUGCGCAGAGGGGUCCUGAUGACACUGCUGCAGCAGUCGGCCAUGACCCUGCCCCUCUGGAUCGGGAAGCCUGGUGACAAGCCCCCACCCCUCUGUGGAGCCAUUCCAGCCUCAGGGGACUAUGUGGCCAAACCUGGAGACAAGGUGGCUGCUAGAGUGAAGGCUGUGGAUGGGGACGAGCAGUGGAUCCUGGCUGAAGUAGUCAGUUACAGCCACGCUACCAACAAGUAUGAGGUAGACGACAUUGAUGAAGAAGGCAAAGAGAGACACACCCUGAGUCGGCGACGCAUCAUCCCACUGCCCCAGUGGAAAGCUAACCCUGAGACAGACCCUGAGGCCUUGUUUCAGAAGGAGCAGCUGGUGCUAGCCCUAUAUCCCCAGACCACCUGCUUCUACCGUGCCCUGAUCCACACACCCCCACAGCGGCCUCAGGAUGACUACUCAGUCCUGUUUGAAGACACCUCCUAUGCAGAUGGCUACUCCCCUCCUCUCAAUGUGGCCCAGAGCUUAAACUUACCUCAAUAGGCUUCCACUUGCCUGGCAGACGCAUCUAAGCAUCAGCUGCUGACUACAACCUGCUCUGAACAGUGGCGAGCCCUAAACUUCCUAAAAGCUGAUGUGGACCAGUCCAGCUGAUAUGAACACCCCCUCUCCCUUCAACAAAGUAUGAUGAGUGCCCUGUUGCCUAAAUUUCCUCCCUACCUUUGGCUAGCCAUUCAACCUACUUGGACCCGGAUAACAAUGCCCCAAUGUCAGCUUGAAGUAGUUGUGAAAAGGAACACAUCGUCCGGUGCUCCCUGUAAUGAUUGUUCUGUCUCUUUGAGACAAGCCACGCCCACUCCCUCCCCCAUCCACUGAGGCAGGCUGAUGAUCUUCAGCUUCUGGCCUGAGCUUGCUCUCUUUUUCUGUCUUCCUCUCGGAGAGGCAGCUUCUGCCUCUCUCCCCACUUCUCCCCUUCCCCCUCUUAUGUCUCUCUCUCCUCUCUCCUCUCUCUCUCUGCUCUUCUCCCCUUCUCCCUAACCCCUCGAAUGAAUAUCCAACCUCACUCUGCAUGGCGUGUCUAUCCAUGUCUCUGUCUCUUGCCCCUCUGCCACAUGUCUCCCUGCCUGGGACCAGCCACUGGUUGGGGACCUGCAGCUGUCUCUGCCUGGGAUUGGCUGCUCUCGGGUCCCCGCUGCCUGCUGCCACAUGGCCCGCCACCACCGCUUGGGGACCUACAGCAUUUCUGCUGCCUACUGCCGCUGGGGAUCCUGCAGCAUUUUUAAUUUUUCCAUUACAGGAUCACCUGCCAGGAUACGCUCAACAGGGCACUCCUAGACAAAGUCAGCCAAUCAGGGGCCCUGAACCUUAAGAAACCCCUCACCCCCACCUCUACUACUAUAAAAACCCAAGUCUAUCUGAGCUCAGGGCUCUCCGUUUAUUCCAGUACGUUGGACAU